AUGCCAUCCACGUCAAAUCUCUGCCUGGAUGUGCACGAGUCUAGUCACUUCCUGUCCGCAGGGCAUAUUAACUACGAAUUCCUCCCAAAGUCUGCUGCACAUUUUCUCUCAUCCACCACAGCCACCAAUACUUUGUCAAUCCCACACAUUGCUUCAAUCUACCCGAGUCUCAAGAAACAACUGCGAGGCACUGCCGUGUCUCGUGUCAACAAACUGGAUCGCCAACCUCGCGGCCAACGGCCUACCGCUCAGUCGCCAUCAUCGCCUCCUUUCACGCCAGACCUCAGGUUUCCUUACCCAGCAGUCAAGUGCAUCAUCGGCCAGUACUUUCUGUCCAUCGCUACUCCUCGCCGCUACUGGGCCUGGCUUAUUGUCUGUGGGUUUUUCGACGCCGACAACAACGAGAUUUGGCACAAGGAGAUUUUUAUCUCGCAAGACUGUGAGCGAGGCUAUAGCCAUUCUACAAGACAGUACGACAACGGACCACUACCUCCUCGGUGGGCUGCUUUGGGCCAACUUCCUCACCCCAGUGACGACCUCUCAAACAUCCGCAUCCGCGGCUACAAAGUCGGUCAGCGAACCUACGACAUUGUCAACAGCCAAGUUCUGUCCCUGUCCAGACUCACCGUGCACAACCUGCACCCGCAAGACGCACAAAUCAUCGAGCCCCUGAGCCAACCUACAUUUCUGCUCAACAAGCCUUCAACUCAUCCUUUCACGGACGUCACCCAGGAGUCGUAA